AUGCCAGCCAUGCUUCAUGUUGAGUUUAAUGAAAAGAUAUGUGGGAAGCCGCGCGUGGACUUCAUCGACCGGCCGCGCUGCUGCCUCCGCGGGAAGGAGUGCAGCAUCAGCCGCUUCCAACAGGUGGAGAGCCGCUGGGGCUACAGCGGGACGAGCGACCGCAUCAGGUUCUCGGUCAACAAGCGCAUCUUCGUGGUUGGCUUUGGGCUCUACGGCUCCAUCCACGGGCCCACGGAUUACCAAGUGAACAUCCAGAUCAUCCACACGGACAGCAACACUGUCCUGGGCCAGAACGACACGGGCUUCAGCUGUGACGGCUCCGCCAGCACCUUCCGAGUCAUGUUCAAGGAGCCGGUGGAGGUGCUGCCCAACGUCAACUACACGGCCUGCGCCACGCUCAAGGGCCCGGACUCCCACUACGGCACCAAGGGCCUGCGCAAGGUGACCCACGAGUCCCCCACCACAGGGGCCAAGGCGUGCUUCACCUUCUGCUACGCGGCCGGGAACAACAACGGCACGUCCGUGGAGGACGGCCAGAUCCCCGAGGUCAUCUUCUACACCUAGGCCCCCAGGCCCCCGAAGCCACCUGAGGCCAGCAGGCCACCCCCUGUCCCAGGUCGUGCCCCCCGCGGCCCCCAUGCUGUGGGCGCGCUCCCUGCCACGUUUCUGGGCGUCAGGAGAGGGUCACUCCCUGAGGGGAGCCUGGCUGC